AUUAGAGCAAUUGCAAUCGAUCGAGUGUAAGCAGCCACAACAGUGAACAGAUCCUAAAUUGUACGUUUGCAUCACUAGCUGGUGGUACUCAAGGAAAAUCGAAGUAAAAUGCUUAGAGUUGCUCUAACUGUCUACAUUGCCGCACUAAUAACAAGAUGUACUGGUGAAGCUCUUACCAAUGCUCAGAAGAAAGAUUGCUCAUUCGGAAACUGUCUGAGUGAACGAAAUGAUUCAUGUCCGCCUGGUUUUGGUUCUGAGCCAUGCGAGUGUAAAGCUUUACAAUACAAUGGUAUCUACAAGUGCGAUUCAACCAGAGCAUACGUUCUCCGAGGAUACUGGGUUGGAAAAUGUAGUGAUGGAUCAAUUUGCACUGGCAACUGCCCUCUCGGAUUCUGCACUUACAACGACACGUUUAAUCAAGCACUUCCAGAGAAUGAAGAUGAGUUGGAGGAGUAUAUUUGUGGGAGCAGAAGACAAGGAGUGUUGUGUGGAGAAUGUCGGCCGAACUACUCUGUGAGUUACCAUUCUUACACUUACAUGUGCACAUCAAAUACACUGUGUAAUCUCGGGAUACUGUUUUACCUGAUUUCUGAGUUGAUCCCGUUAACAAUUAUGUUCGUAGUAGUCAUGGUUUCGAAUGUAAGCUUUACAUGUGGUGCACUGAAUGGUUUCAUACUAUUUGCACAGUUGCAAGACUCACUAGCAGUUCACGGUAAUGGUGUAGUCAGACACGUUCCAUCCGAGCAGAAAUUUGUCAUAGCAUUUUAUAGACUAAUUUAUCGAUUUUUCAACUUUGAGUUUUUUAGUAUUGAACAAAUGUCGUUCUGUCUAUGGAGAAAUGCAAAAGUCCUCGAUGCAAUGGCCUUCAAGUACGUGACUAUUGCCUAUGCCUUAGUACUGGUGCUCAUUUGCAUUUUUGUAAUGAGCCAAUCAAAAAUUAGAAAGGUGUUCAAGUGCCUACGUCCUAAAUCACUCAGAUCUGCAACUAUACAUGGACUAACAACAUUCUUUGUGAUGUGCUACUCACAAUGUGCCCGUGUUUCGAUUCAAAUCCUUGGACCCAUGCAAUUGUUCAAAAGAGGGCCUGAAUAUGCCGAGAGUGUGGUUUUUCGAAGCGGCCAACUUGAGGUAUUUGAGCUCGAACAUCUUAAAUAUGCUAUACCGGCUAUUUUGUUCGUUUGUCUUAUGCUCAUACCACCACCACUGAUUCUUAUCUUAUAUCCUUUAUCGUAUAAGAUUCUUGCCUUAUGCAAACUAAGUGAAGCUAAGCCUGUAAACUGCAUCUCAAAAUACAUCCCAAUACAGCUACUUGAUUCCUUCCAAAGUUGCUUUAAGGACGAAUUUCGCUUUUUUGCUGGGCUAUAUUUUUUGUACAGACUAGCUACGCUGGUAGCUUUUGUUGCUUGCAGAAAUUUGACAGAGUUUUAUACUGUGCUAGAACUGCUGCUAAUCGGUGCAUUAGCUCUUCAUUCUGUAGUUCAACCAUACAAGGAAAGAUGGCACAAUGUGGUCGACUCUCUGUUACUCGCUAACUUAGCAAUUAUCAACGGCAUUUCUCUAUAUCAUUUUAUAUUAGUAGUGGAAGGGACAGACAGCAACAUUGAAGUCAACUACACACACUUUACAGUGGCUCUUCAACUCAUACUCCUUUAUCUACCAUUAGUUGGUAUUGCAAUUGCAAUUUGUCCAAAGAUUUACAAGGUGGUGAAAAUCAUAGUGCUGCUAAAAACUUGAUUCAAUCCAUAGAGAAAAGUUUAAAGAGUACCAAAAAAGUUACCGAGGAAGAUCUACCACCAUUACGAGAUGAAGACAGUGAACCACGCUACAAGAGGCUAAUGGAGGAUGAACCAUAAACAGCUGCCGAAAUUACUGUCAACUGGUGUGAAUAUUCUUGUACAUGUAGUGUGCUAUUUCUGUAUCCAGAAUUUUGUACGAUUGAGUAUACCUUCAGUUAUAGAUGAUCCUUCAGUUCUUUCAAGUUUGCCUUUUGUGAAGUAGCUGUAAAGAACACUGCCCUGCACAACACAUACAUACAUACAUAACACAUGCAUGCACAAUAAUUCUUUUAUCAA